UCUCAGCUGCGCGAACGGCUAAAAAAAAUUAUUUUCACUUUGUGGAAAAAUUUGUGGAGCCAUAAAAUUGAUGAAAUAAUUCCGAAGAUCGGGAGAAAAUUGCAGUGAAAUUUGCUAAGCGAUUUUCGUUGUGUUUUCAGCGGUCGUGUGUGUGUUCGUUCAUGUGUGUUUGUGGCAUGUGUGUGUGUGCGUAUGUGUUCGAAACGCUAAAAUGCGCUGGCCGCAUUUCUGAACAGGAAUUUGUCGGUUGCCGCACGUGACGUCAUCAGAAGUCUCAUCUCCGCACACAUCCGCACAGAGAACUCGUUGAGAUUGCUGUUGUAAAAUAAUGAAAGCAAUCUAUCAACGGCGACUGGAAGCGGAAUUUGAAAAGGAAAUAUCAAAAAGAAAAACAACCACAAAACACACAGAAGGAGGAGAACAAAACGCGCCUUGAUCAUCAGCAGAUACACACAGAGAGCGAGCGGAAGGAAAAGAGAGAGAGAGAGAGCCUAAAAUAUUGUAUUUACUGCUGGAUUUCGCAGUGUCUGUCUGUCUGACCUUUUCCAACCGCAGCGGUACCUUCCCUUCCACACCCCCUUCCCCUUACGCGAGCAGUUGCUGUAAAGAGAGAAGUCAGCGAGAGAGAUGGAUACUCGUGUGGAGCUCGAACUCCGGCCCAUGGGCGAAGGGAAACUGAAACCGGAAUUGGAGGUGCCACAAUCUGAACCCAAAAGGGAAACUGAAUCCGAAACGGAGUUGGAAUUAGAAGAGGGAGAGGCAGAGCAGAAGCAUUUGCUGACUCCCAAUCACGCCUUGGCGACCAGCAGCUCGGGGAACUCCAUUCAUGACCUGCAGGCCAGCCCCAGGACGCCGACACAGACACCGCCGCAACCGCAAUUUAAUGCCCUGCCCGGCACCUCCAGACAGCUCUACCGGGAUGCGGCUAUGACCCACGGAGGGCUGGAGUCGACGGGCCUGCUGCAGCAGGAGCUGCAGAUCAUCGCGGCCAGCCAGACGCCAGCGAACAAGUUGCGAAGCGCCAGCUCCACGCUGGACGCUAGCGUGUCGCGCAAUCCCUCGACCACGGGCGGAAAGCAGGAGAAGAAGAUCGGUCACCGUCGCGUGGCCGAGGGCGGGGAGGUGACCUACAAGAAGAUCCAGUCGAAACAGAUCAUGGGUUCAAUCCAGCUGGGCAUCCAGCAUACGGUGGGCAGCCUGGCCAGCAAGCCGAAGCGGGACCUGCUGAUGAACGACUUCUGGGAGAUGGAGACCAUCUCGUUCCCGCCCGACGGCUCUUCGAUCACGCCGGCGCACCACUACAGCGACUUCCGGUUCAAGGUGUACGCCCCAAUCGCCUUCCGCUACUUCCGGGACCUGUUCGGAAUCGCACCCGACGACUUUCUCAUGUCCAUGUGCGCCUCCCCGCUGGUCGAGCUGUCCAACCCGGGUGCCUCCGGAUCCAUCUUCUACCUGACGGACGACGACGAGUUCAUCAUCAAGACUGUCCAGAAGAAGGAGUGCGAGUUCCUGCAGAAGCUGCUUCCCGGCUACUACAUGAACCUUUCCCAGAAUCCGCGCACGCUGCUACCCAAGUUCUUUGGUCUCUACUGCUUCCACUACAACUCGAAGAACGUGCGUCUGGUGGCCAUGAACAACCUGCUGCCAUCGGACAUCAAGAUGCACUGCAAGUACGACCUGAAGGGCUCGUCGUUCCGGCGCAAGGCCUCCAAGGCGGAGCGCCAGAAGGCCAGUCCCACGUUCAAGGACCUGGACUUUGCCGAGCACCAUCCGAACGGCAUCUUCCUCGAGACGGACAAGUACAAUGCGCUGAUGCGUACCAUCCAGCGCGACUGCAUGGUCCUGGAGAGCUUCCAGAUCAUGGACUACUCGCUGCUGGUGGGCAUCCAUAAUCUGGACAUCGCGGCCAAGGAAAAGCGUGAGGAUCGCAUCCGGAAUGCGCGGGCCAAGCUGCAGCGCAAGGAGAGCGCUGCCCAGACCGCCUCUAACGCCCAUCUGGACGAUGACGCCCCCGAGUCGGACCAGAAUCAGCUGCAUGCAGUGGCCUCCUACGCCUCCAUUCCGGGCACCUCGGGUGCGGCCCUAAAUCGGACGCGAAGCAUGAACCGCCAGCGUUUGGUGGCCCAUUCCACAGCCAUGGAGUCGAUCACGGCCGAUAUGGACGUGACUUUGGAGGAGGACGAAGACGUGCCGGCCGGCGGCAUUCCCGCCCGAUCUGAGAACGACGAACGGCUCAUUCUGUACAUCGGCAUCAUCGACAUUCUGCAGUCGUACCGCCUGGAGAAGAAGCUGGAGCACACCUUCAAGAGCAUCCUCUACAACGGGGACACGGUGUCCGUGUGCCGGCCCUCCUUCUACGCCAAGCGCUUCCAGGACGCCAUGGGCAAGCAGGUGUUCAAAAAGACGCCCACGUUUCCACUGAAACAUUCCCCCUCCAAGCGCAAGACCUCGGCCAGCCAGCUCCUGCGCACCCCUCAGACGCGCACGCCGACGCAGAGCACUCCCGCCGGUGGAUCGGGACGGCCGGGUGUCCUCACGAUGAUGUCGGGCAUGUCCACGCCCCCGCCAGCCUUCGACGACAUAUCCGAGGAGGACAUCACUGCCGCCUCCACCACAACGCUGCAGAAUCGCAGCCACACGAACAACAACCACGGGGAAGAGCACCAGCCGGAGCUGGGCCGCGUCUCUGGCGGCGGUGGCGGGGAGCCAAGCAGCACCUACCACACGCAGUACUCGUACGACAGCUCCGGUCGGACCGGCAGCGCCUUGACCAGCGACUACAGUGACGACGAUUCGACGGUCUCCAGGUCGCGCUCGCCGUUGCAGCAGCAGCGCACUAGCCAUCGCCUAACCAAGACCAGUGUCCAGGUGACGACGGUGGGCUAUGUGGAGGAGCAGCAGCUCUCCAAUGCCGGCGGCCAGUUGGUUCAUGCGGACACCAAUGGGAAGGUCACCACCACCACCACCAAGACGGCCCUCAUUCAGGCACCCAGUUACAAGUCUACGCUGGUGCUCAACGAUUUGCCGCACUGAAAAUGGGAGGAGGACUCAUAAUGGGGGAACAGGGAACUGGAUUCGCUGGCUACCGCUGCUUGAGUGUGUGUAUCUGUAUUUGUGUGUGUCUGUAUAUGUAUCUGUAUCUGCAACCGAUGUACUCGCGUGCCUUCCACUCUUUUGACUUUGUUGCAAAAAUUGUGUGCUUCGGCGCUCGUUUAUCUUGAUUAAACGAAAACGAAUACGUAUAUUCGAUAUUAAAAUUUAUGUGGCGCCUCCCCUAAUUGGCUGGCCCUCCCCCCCCCCGCACCGCGACUCUACCUAUGCCGCCUCCACCAAAACACACACGCACACACAGACACAGCCAGACACAGACAGACAUUGGGGCAGAGGCAACAACAAAUGUUUACCGUUUUGCCCAUUAAAAUGUAUAAUUAUUGUAUUUUGCUUUCAUUCUAUUUUUCUGCGACAAUUUCGUAAUUCGUUUUUUCGAUUCUAUCUUUUCACUGACUUUUUUGUGUGUGGCCUUAACCGAAGUUCUAUUUAAUUUUAAAUCGAAAUUUUUAAGAGCGGGGUGGAGGAGGAAAUGGAACAGGAAAAUGUAGCCAAAACUCAGUUGUUGUCUAUGUUUGUGUGGUGUGCGCCUCUGUUUGUUUUUCUGUAUUAUAAAGUGCGUUUACGUAUUCUAAGAGAUGCUCAUGUGUAUAUAUACAAAAUUAACGAGAAUAAAUCUAUAUAUUUUACAUAACUGAAUAAACCAAUGUG